CAUGCACCGCUGCUUGCUUGUACACGUUCCCAAUACACCGAGGCCUGGGGCAGUUAAGUUAAAAAACUAUAACACUAUUUUAAAAUUUUUGGGCCAGGAGUUAGAUGUGUUUCUGAGGCUUACGUAUGUUGGUGUUAUUUUAUUCUCAUCUCAGUCAUACUACAUUUACCAGUGUUGGAGAGUAGUGAACUACAUGUAAUUAAACUAGUAGUUUAACUACGUUUUGCAAUAGCUUACUGAUAGUACUACAAAGCUGGAUUGUCAGCUGACCUGUGAAAAAUAUUUUUAAUUAUGUUAUAAUAUAUAAUAUAUAUUUUGAAUCUGAGUUUAUGAAACUUAACUUGAAUAUAUUGGGUGUCAGUUGGUCAUAAUACGUAUUGAUUAUUGCUAUUUACAGACAAUGUUCAGAGAAGUUGUUUGUUUGUUUGUCUGACUGACCUUACUUAAUAAAUUGAACUGAUUGGCAUUUUUGCUGGCAUGUGACUUUUUUUAAAAUUACAUUUUGUUGAAACUUCGUAUGCACGUUGUUUUUUAACAAAAUAUUUUGAAUUACUUUUUCUAAGUAGCUUGUAAAUAAGCUUUGUUUGGCUGUAGUUCAACUUAUUCCAUUGUGAAGUAAUUGUUAACUUGCGAAGCAAUGCUUUCAAAGCUUCCACAACACUGUUGGUCACAGCAGAAUUAGUCUAUAUAUUGGUGUUGCUACAAGGUAGCCUGUCAGAAAAUGUCAACAUCAUAUCUCCCAUAAUCUUUCUUGGUGUAACUGAAAUGUCAAAUAAAUAAUCUAUAGAUGUUGCACAUGCUCUUUGUUAUAUUUUAUUUAUUUAUUAGAUAAUAGCAGCUGAAGAGUGACAGGGCAGUACUUCAAAUUUGUACUUAUAUACAAUACUUCAGUACUAUUUUUAUAUUCAAAUACUGAAUACAAAACAUACAAACUGAAAGUUUUUAUAUUUACUGUAUGAGUAAGAAUAGGAUUCUAAAUUAUUGCUAAAUUAUAUUUCGCUUCCAAACAAACUGUGAAAAUAAUCUGAAAAGUAACUAGUAACUAAAGCUGUCUGACAAAUGUAGUAUGAAGAAGAAAACUCAAGUAAAGUACAAGUUUGUGCUUAUGUACAGUAACUGAGUAAAUCUACUUAGUUACAUUCCACCACUGAAUGUACUCUUACAACAUUUUUAAGAUGAAAUUUUUUUUUUAAUUAGUAGUUAUCUUUACCACCAUAAAGAAAUAAAGCAUUAAACGAAAUGUAAAUAGAUUUGUGUAUAUGUGUAAGUGUGUAAGUUCAUUUGUAUGCCCUGAAUGUAUGUGUGACUGCAUGAACAGGCCUCCGCAUGCCAGUCUCUGUACAUGACUGUGUGUGUGCAUGACUGAGCAUGUGUGUAUAUUGGAGUGAGUCAAAAGGUGAAAGGACCAGAGAUGUGGGGUCAGUUGAGGUGGACAUGACACGCAGAUCAGAGACAGAGAGCCAGAGAGACAGAGCAGUGUGCAAAGGACCCAAGACACUGGCAAGACUAUCCACAUCUGUGAUGAUCUGUUUCCUGGACCGGGUUGUGCCAGGACUUGGUCCGGCCCACUGGUCAGGGACCAUUUGGAACUUGUGCUUAUCUGCACUGGGCACCGUGCCCUCCAUCCAGUCCCACUGCGGCGAACUAAAGCCCAGCAGCUCAGUGCUGAACAAUGACUGGAACAGCAAUGUGCUGACUCCUUCCCCGACCCACAGGCCCAGCUGCUUUUCAGCACCAGCAUGUAUAAAUAGGUCCGUUUACAACGGGGUCAGGACAUCGUUUUUGUGGAGCCCCCCUGUGAGCACUGCACUGCUAUUCUUUGGGGCCGGUCAGGUAAAUCAGCACUGAAAUACACAGUAGCAUGGCUCUGAAUAAUCCCAACCCACUGGGUCCAUGGAAGUGUGUGCGUGCGGCAUGUGCAUACUACAUGUAUGCAUUUGUGUCAUCUCCAGAUUACAGUUUAUGACCAGGAGAACUUCCAGGGGAAACGUCUGGAGUUCACCGCAGCCUGCCAGAACAUCAUGGAGUGUGGUGUCGACAACAUCCGCUCCCUGAAGGUGGAGUGUGGCGCCUGGGCAGGAUAUGAGCACUCCAGCUUCUGUGGACAGCAGUUUGUGUUGGAGAGAGGAGAGUAUCCUCACUGGGAGUCGUGGAGUGGCAGCAACGCCUACCACAUUGAGAGGAUGAUGUCCUUCCGCCCCAUCUGCUCUGCUAACCAUAAGGAGUCCAAGAUGAUGUUGUUUGAGAAGGAGAACUUCAUGGGGCGCCAGUGGGAGAUAAACGAUGACUACCCCUCUCUGCAGGCCAUGGGCUGGGGCAACAACGAGAUCGGAUCUAUGCAAGUUCAGUGCGGCUCCUGGGUGUGCUACCAGUUCCCAGGUUACCGUGGUUACCAGUACAUCAUGGAGUGUGAUCGUCAUGGCGGCGAGUACAAACAUUACAGAGAGUGGGGCUCCCAUGCUCAGUCCUUCCAGGUGCAGUCGGUGCGUCGAAUCCAGCAAUGAGACCUGCAGCCGCCUCUCCCAUCCUCUCACGCUUUACCUCCUCCGCCUCCUCCUCCUCCCUUCACCCAGUCAUUCCAAGCUUUAGCCAGCUCUGUCAGACCUUAGUGAACUAAGUCUGACACUUUCUGGUGCUUCACAAUGUUUACCGCACUUUUGUUUUGUUCUGUUGCCUAAUAAAAAAAUGAAGAGAAAUUUAAUUAAAAAAAGAAAAAAGUAAGGAAAGAAAAAACCAGCCACUGAAGAGAAGCCCCUGACUGACGCCCCACUGAGGAGAGAAGAGGAGGAAGUUAAAGGCCUCAUGGCGGCAGGAUGGUGAUGUCACUCAGAGUCAUUGCUCCUCAUAUUUGUGGGUAAACAUGGCGCUACCAGUGAUCAAUAAAGAAUGAAUGGGCAACAUGAAAUAAAGAGAAAUACAAGAGUAUGCUGCUAAA